CCGGCGGGCUCUCGGGAGAGACCCAGCUGGAAGCAGAGGAGGGGGACAAGCGGGAGUGCCAUGCGGGGCGAGGAUCGCAGCUCCUGGAAAAACCCACCCGGCUGGGAGAUAAAAAGUGCAGCUGGAGCCUCGGGGGAGCUUGUGUGAGAGAGGAGGCAGAGUCAGGAAUGAUGAAUGGCUCCGACCUCGCCAGCACCACGGCCUCCAGUCCCAAAUCCAAAGAGGACCAAGUGGUGAAUGGCCACGAUGAGAAGGAGAACAACCCCUUUGCAGAGUACAUGUGGAUGGAGAAUGAAGAAGACUUCAACAGGCAGGUGGAGGAGGAGCUGCAGGAGCAGGAGUUCUUGGAUCGCUGCUUCCAGGAGAUGCUGGAGGAGGAGGACCAGGACUGGUUCAUCCCAUCGAGGGACCUGCCCCAGGGCAUGGGGCAGCUGCAGCAGCAGCUCAACGGGCUCUCCGUGGGGGACAGCCACAAUUCCGAGGACAUUCUGAGCAAAAGCAACUUGAAUCCAGAUGCCAAGGAGUUUGUGCCCGGUGUGAAGUACUGACAGGCAGGACAGGCUUUGGACAGACUGUGCCCCUGCUCCAGGGGAUGGUGGUGGGGGGCACAGAGGGGGGGACACUGGCCCCAGCUGGACUCUGCGCCCUGGUGGAAUUGCUGCAACGUGGCUCAAUCUUGCUCCAUGCUCCCAACGCCUUCAUUUCCAUUUUUUUUUCCUUCUUUUUCCAUUUUUUCCCCCCCUUUUCGAUUCUUCCUUUGUAUCGUCUGUCACUUUUUUUUUUUUUCUUUUUUUUUUUUUCGGGGGGUGUUGCAGUUUUUUUGCUCUCUAGGACCUGGGUCUGUCCUGGAGCCCAGCACCCCCCCCUGCUCCCCAGACCCGUUUCCACGCCCGCUUCGAACCCGCUCGCAGAACAACACCAUGUUUUCUUGUUUGGAGUAGAAUUUGUAGGAAUCCCCCCCUUCCCGGCCUGGGCCAGGAGCUUUUCCCUGUGUCCAUUCCAAGAGGAUUUCUUUCCCUAAAGGGAAGCUGAGGUGUGACAAGGCUGCAAACCUUCCCCUGUUCCCUGGGGCAGCAGCCGGGCCCGGCUCCCUGGGAUGUGCUGAACACUAAUUCCAACCCUUCCCUGCUGGUGGGUGAGGGUCCUGCCUGCUGGAUCAGCCCUGAUGAUGGAAACCAGACCCAUCGGCCGUCAUCCCAGCUGUCCUUCCCAAGGGAAGGGGCUGCUCCUACAAAACAGGUCUUCUCCUUGAGGAGUUUCCCCUCCCCCUCCUGGGUUUAUCCAGCGCCAGGGGCUGUGGCUCGGAAGCGUCUGUUCCUUCGUUUCUCAUGGAAAUAAAUCCAAGGAAAGCUGGUGAGA